GAAGCUUUUGCAUUCCGCAAGGCUCCGAGCCCCUCGCUCCGGGGGACUGACUGCCCGAUGACGCAGCUUCUCCAAUAAUUUUCGGGCUUCAACAACAACUUACCGCAAUUGACUCAGCUUCGGUUCGUGGGGAAUAGAAACCGGUGCCUUGCGAUCUUUCGAAUACGUUAAGAGCCUCUUGACAAGCACGACUUACCUCUGACUACUCCUUCGCCUUCCCUGCCGUGCCGCCGAUCUCUGACCCAACCUCCGAAACACCUACCAAGCGACUUGCACCUACACAGGCAUCUUUUGAACAUUUCAGAAGAGAGGAGAGGAAAACAGGACAAGAUGUCUCCCCCAGCGAUCAUCGCACCCUCCAUACUGAGCGCCGACUUCGCCGCGCUAGGAGGAGCAUGUUCGAAAACAAUGGAAGAUGGUGCCGAUUGGCUUCAUGUUGAUAUUGUAUGCUACCCAAAGCCAGGAGAGGAGAAUGAGACGGCAUCAUACAACCUGAGCAGAGAGAUUGAUAUUCGAGUGAUAUACUGACAACAUUUGGCCAUAGAUGGACGGACACUUUGUGCCGAAUAUCACUUUUGGAGCGCCUGUCGUUUCGAAGAUACGGUCCCAUGUCGAACGGCCGAAGAGCGGAGGUGGAAGGGGCACAUUUGAUUGCCAUAUGAUGAUAUCAGAGCCUCAUCGAUGGGCUUCGACCUUCCGCGACGCCGGCUGCGACUUAUAUUGCUUCCACUAUGAAGCAGCUGUGACGUCUGUUGCUGCCACCGAACCUGCCGACCGAACCACGACCCGGCCAACCUCACCAAAAGAAUUGAUAAAAUAUAUCCACGACCUGGGCAUGCAAGCUGGUAUUGCCAUCAAGCCCGAGACGAGUGUCGAUGUACUUUGGGGUAUUCUGGAGAACGAAAACGCAGCGGAGCGGCCCGAUAUGGUACUAGUUAUGACUGUCCACCCUGGGUUCGGAGGUCAGAAGUUCAUGGCCAGCGAGCUACCGAAAGUGACGGCCCUGCGGAAGAAAUAUCCUGACAUGAACAUUGAGGUUGAUGGUGGAUUGGGUGAGUCCACAAUCGACCAGGCAGCAGAGGCGGGUGCCAAUGUUAUUGUCGCUGGCAGUGCUGUGUUUGGAGCGAAGGAUCCGGGUCAGGUCAUCAAGGUCCUGAGGGAUGCGGUAGAGAAAAGGAGAGGUGGGAAAUUAUAACCCAAACGAUGAGGAAGUGUUCGUCUUGAGGAGAGACGGCGGCUAGAAUGUCACGACGAGAAGGACAUUGCGCACCCGUAAAAGAGAGCAGCGGGAUGUGUAAAGAGUGGAACCGACUCGAUGACACAGUAGGUAGAGAGAUAGAACCCAAUCGAGUCCUACUGGAAGGCAGUAAAGGUAUGAAGCAGGAAAAUACGCUACAUGGUCACCACAAA